AGCUGUUGUCGUCCCGCCCUCGACGCUGUUAUGGCGGCAGCUCCGACGCUCUCCAAGGCUGAGUACCUGAAGCGUUACUUGUCUGGGGCAGAUGCCGGCGUGGGAGGAGGUUCAGAGGCUGGUCGCAAGCGGCGCAAAAAACGGCCGAAGCCGGGAGGCGCCGGCGGCAAGGGAAUGCGUAUUGUUGAUGAUGAUGUGGGCUGGUCGGCUAUCUCUACCACUAGGCCAGAAAAGGAGGAGGAAGAGGAUGGAGAUUUGCCUGUGGUAGCUGAGUUUGUGGAUGAGCGUCCAGAAGAGGUAAAGCAGAUGGAGGCCUUCCGCUCCAGUGCCAAAUGGAAGCUUCUGGGAGGCCCCAGUGAAGAUGAACAUUUUCAUCAUGAUGACCAAGAUCCAUCUCCUCCCAGGAGAGUUCGUCAUGACACCCCAGAUCCAUCUCCUCCCAGGAGGGUUCGUCAUGACACCCCGGAUCCAUCUCCUCCCAGGAGGGUUCGUCAUGACACCCCGGAUCCAUCUCCUCCGAGAAAGGCCCGUCAUGAUACCCCAGAUCCAUCUCCCCCAAGGAGGGUCCAACAUGACUCAGAUGCUUCUCUCCGAAGAAAGUCUCAUCGUAAUUCUUCAGGUCUGUCUGCUAGGAGAGGCCAUCAUGGUUCCUCAGAUACCUCUACCUCGAGAAGGGCCCAUAACUACUCCCUUGACACAGCCCAGCAUAGGAGCACUCUUGAAACUUCAGAUGCACAGCAUCUCAGGAAGGCCCGUCAUGACUCCCCUGAUUUGGAACUGCCCAGAGCCAAAAGUAGUAAAGCUGCAGAAACACUUUCUAGCAAGACUGUGUCCCAGAGGGGCCUGGGACUCUCUCACUCAUCACUCUCCAGGAACAGCAAGUAUGAGCGUGACUCUGACCUUUCUCCUCCACGGAAACGGCAAGCAAAAGCCCAUAUUGGAGCUAAGAAGCAGCUUGAUUCUAAAGGUAGAAAAAAAGCCUCUGAUUCAGAUCUUUCCCCUCCACGGCAAAAAAAAAAUUCAGGGCGCCAGGACUCCGAUUCAGAUCUGUCACCACCACGGAAUAGACCGAGACGCCAGAGCUUUGACUCUGACCUCUCUCCACCCCGGAGAAGACAGAGGACCAAAUCUUCCGAUUCUGAUCUCUCUCCACCUCGAAGGAGUCCCCGUCCCAGGAAGAAGGCUGCAUACAUGUAUUCUGGAGCGAGAACUGGAUUGGUCACUGAUGUUCAGCGAGAGUACCAGGAAUUCAAGAAACAUGACCAAGACAUGGCAGCCCUUGGAGCUCAGUUUGAAUUUGCUGAAACUGUGUUUCGAGACAAGUCUGGUCGUAAGAGAAAUUUGAAGCUGGAGCGAUUGGAACAGAGGAGAAAAGCAGAGAAGGACUCAGAGCGAGAUGAGCUAUAUGCCCAGUGGGGGAAAGGGCUUGCCCAGAGCCGGCAGCAGCAACAGAAUAUAGAGGACGCAAUGAAGGAGAUGCAGAAGCCUCUGGCCCGCUAUAUUGAUGAUGAAGAUCUGGAUAAGAUGCUGAGAGAACAAGAAAGAGAGGGGGAUCCAAUGGCCAACUUCAUUAAGAAGAAAAAGGCUAAGGAGAACAAGAAUAAGAAAGUGAGGCCUCGCUACAAUGGUCCUGCCCCUCCCCCCAAUAGAUUCAAUAUCUGGCCUGGAUAUCGCUGGGAUGGAGUAGACAGAUCUAAUGGCUUUGAACAGAAGCGCUUUGCCAGGCUCGCCAGCAAGAAAGCUGUGGAGGAGCUUGCCUAUAAGUGGAGUGUGGAGGACAUGUAACUCCUCCAAGGCUCUGUGCUGCUGUGGUGGUGGUGGUGGUGGUGGUAGCAUGGAACAACCGGACAUCCAGAUCUAAUGGACUCUUGCUAAUGGACACAGACCAGCAACUUGCUGUCAGCCUGACCUUUGGACUAGGCACCUAACCUUCACUGUGCCCUUGCUGUCUGGCCGGCUUUGGCAGGACACAGUGACUUCUUUAUCCCAGGGUUUGUUCUUGGCCAGUGUUCUCCUUUCUCUUCUUAAAAAUAAACACAUUUUAUUUUUUGGUAA